CAGAUGCCGCAUGUGGACUGAAGGCGACCGCAAAAAAAAAAAAAAAGGGAACACGCGUGUGGGUGGAAGGCUGUGGACGCAGGGACUUUACAAUCAGCACGUACAGACGGACAGCUGAGGCAUCUUUGUUUGUCACUUUUACAGAGAUGCACGCAUCAUCUGUCCUCGCAAAUCACCGCACUCUUCACGGAAAAAAAGCCUCUCAUCCAUGACGCGUAGAAAUCCAUGCGUAAAACUAAUUUCGUCACUCUACAAGAGCAGUAAAGAGGGAUUAAUUUCUACUUCAAAACGUCAUUUUUAAAUAACUGAAUGACGCGAACAGGAUUUGAUGGAGGAGCUGGGGUGAUAGCGACGCUCUUUGCAGGACUUUACUUUUUGGAUUAGCGCAGCAACGCCUUUUAAAUCUUCCAGACUUUUCUUCCUCACUGUGGAGCGGACCCGCGUUAGAACUCUGACAGUUCUGGACCUCUUAAUUGUCAUGGGUUUGGCUUUCAGUGCGCAUCAAGGACUUUAAUUUAAACUGAACCGAGAGCACCCAUCUACAGGAAUUUUAUUUCUGAGGGCUUGCAGCGCCGAAUCAGCGGAGUAUUCAUGAAGCAAUAUUUGAACUAUUACAGGAUGAGGCUGAGAACAUCGAGGUUAGGUUAUCUGUUACUUCAGUUCGCGGCGCUUUGCUUUUACGCACAGGACACUGUGCAGUCGCCUCCUAAUUUCAAGCAGCACGUCACCGAGCAGAGCCGGCUUUCGGACCGCAUGAGCCGCAGACUGACCCGAACCUACCAGCUGUACAGCCGAACCAGUGGGAAGCACGUCCAGGUCCUGGCCAACAAGCGGGUCAACGCCAACGGGGACGACGGCGCGGUGCACGCUAAGCUGGAAGUGGAGACAGACUCCUUUGGGAGUCGUGUUCGGAUCAAAGGGGUGAAGACGGGAUACUACAUAUGCAUGAACAAGAGGGGGAAACUGAUUGGCAAGAGAAAAGGACGAGGCAAGGACUGCAUCUUUACCGAGAUCGUCCUGGAAAACAACUACACAGCGCUGCAGAACGCCAAGUAUGAGGGCUGGUACAUGGCCUUCACACGCAAGGGCCGCCCAAGGAAGGCCUCAAAGACCAAGCAGCACCAGAGGGAAGCCCACUUCAUGAAGCGUCUACCAAGGGGGCACUUGCUGAGUGAGAGGAAGCCAUUUGAUGUCCUCCCUUUGCCCAUCCCCGUGCAGCCUUUCAGCAGGCGGACUAAACAUUCCCAUCACCAAUGCUCCGGGGGGCGCUGAGGGCCGAAACCACUGAGGAGGAACCACACAGAUGAACCACUUCAGAAGAACGCAGAGUGUGAACUCAAGUCCUCAUACACUUUUUUUUUUUUUUUUGGCCUCAUUUCUGGACUUUUUAUGUAACUCUUGGUUCCUGGGUUUAUGUAAACUAUCUAAUCUGCUAGUUAUUUACAGACUGUAGCAAGUUUUACUUUAUUUUUAGUUAAUAAAUCAGGGCAUUUUACAUUCUGGAGAGCAUAAAAAUAAUCUCAUGAAGGGUUAGAAGUUAGACAGUUCAGCAUUAAAGAAUGUUAAAAAGUGAAGCUAGACGUGGCAGCUAUCUGUGGUUACAGCAUCUCUCAGUCUCAGUCGAAGUGCUCCUUUGGAGAAUUAUGUAACCUGUUUUGUUUUUCUAAAUAUAUGGAUAUAUUUUUACUGUAAAAAUGUAAAUUACAGCAAAUGAUGAAUAUAUUUAUUGUAGAGUGUAUAUUAAAACCACUAAAGAGUUU